CCGCAACGGUCAGUGCCGAGCCGCAGCCCGCUUUUAACUGCAGACCACUAUCUCUGUGUUGUCCCGAAACCCUUAAUCGACCUUUCUGAUCUACCGCCACCGUCAGCGGCGGCUGCGGAAUCGACAGUGGCAACCGUGUCGGCAGAUGGCCUUGGCGCGGUUCUGUGCGGCCUGGCGUCUCCAUGGGCGACGUCAAGGAUUUCAGUUUCCCUCAGAAUAUUCUCUCUCUUCCGGUUAUACCCGUAAAGCUGAUGCGUUGCGCUCUCAAUUAUCUCGCAACUUAAUCACUUCCCCUGCCCCUUUGAGUUACCUCAGUUCAGGAGCAGAAGUGUUUGUUCUCCGAAGAAGCUUCCAAAGUUGUUCUUAUAAUGCUAGUAGCGUCGAUCCUCCGCAUGCAGUCAAAAAUGCAGGCUGCUUGACUCAGCCGUGUUCUUAUAAGUCUACAGAGAUAUCAUCCAGCAUUAGCGGUGUUAGAUACAUGUCCAUUGUGAAAGCCCCCGGUGGAGCAAGACAGGUUUCUUUGAAGUUGACUCUGCUGAGUCCUGGAUUUGUUUAUGAACCAUAUGCGCCACGAGAUCCAAUUCCCUUUUGGAGAAGGUGGUUCACGCCAUCUGGCUGGAGAAGAACUAAGGAGGAUCUAAUUAUGGAGUUGAAGAGUGCUUAUGCCAUUACUAGGUUAAAAAAAGUAGCUGGAUAUUCAAGGAAGCUUUUCUAUCAACAUGCUUUGAGAUUGUACAAGGAGAUUAACACUUCAUUGGCAAAUGGAGACACUUCAUCUUUAAGAAAACUUGUUACAGAAAAGAUGUAUUCUACCUUGAAGAAUGAAAUCAAGCGGAGGGAUGCAAUGUGGAAUUCAGUUUACUGGGAAUUAGUUGAACCUGUGACUAGAAUUCGGACAUUGCGUGCUCGAAUGAUUGGUUUGGAUAAAGAUGAUCUUGAUAAGGCUUUUGUACAAAUGACACUUGAAAUCACAGCAAAGCAGGCUUACAAUGCGAAAGGCGCUGUUGUUUCUGGAGACAAAACAAAAGAGGUGCUUGUUCGAGACAUCUGGGUUCUUGAAAGGUCCCUAUUCCACCCUGGGGCAGAUUGGCGUCUCUGUUCGAGAAUUGUGCUAUAGGUUAUAUGAAGGCACAUUCAGGUAAUGCUUGCCCAGUGUAGCACUAAUUUUCCCAUCAAAUUUUCAUCGACUCGUUGGCAAUUAAUUAUAUCGGGAUUCUGUUCCUUUGAA